AUGAAUGUUGUUGAUAUAGAGCGUGAUCCUGGAUUGCGACCAAUGAUGUGGGAGUUCCCUUUUAAUCAAAGAGAUGAAAUAUGUCGUGCUUAUCUUAAGGUUGGUCCAUAUCAACCAAGGAAUAUAGAAUUUCCUUUUUCAGGAGAAGGUAAUAAUCGUCGACGAUUUCAAGCUUCUUGGUUCGAUGCACAUUCAUAUUGGUUGGAGUACUCACCUAAGAAUGAUGCUAUAUAUUGUCUACCAUGUUAUUUAUUUGGAGAGAAUGAACCGGGACAUGCAAAUGCAUUUAUAGUUGAUGGAUUUUGUAGAUGGAAGAAAGUCAAUGAAGGAGUACAUUGUCCUCUACUAGUACAUGUGGGAAAAAAUCCUAACUCCUCACAUAGAGUUGCUGUAAAAUCUUUUGAGGAUCUCAAGAACCAAUCUCAACAUAUCCAAAGAUUAUUUGGAAAACAAGCAUCAAAAGAAGUUGAAAAUAAUCGACUACGGCUUAAGGCUACAAUUGAUAGUAUUCGUUGGUUAACUUCCCAAGCAUGUGCUUUUAGAGGAAAUGAUGAAAGCUUUGACUCAAAAAACAGGGGGAAUUUUAUUGAGUUGUUAAAGUUUUUAGCAACUUAUAAUGACAAAGUUGCUUGUGUUGUGCUAGAGAAUGCUCCACAAAAUGCCACAUACACAUCUCCUAAAAUUCAAAAGGAGAUUUUGCAAAUCAUUGCUAGUAAAGUAAGAAAUACUAUUAGGAAAGAAAUUGGUGAUGUCAAAUUUUGCAUUCUUAUUGAUGAAGCUCGAGAUGAAUCAAAGAGGGAUCAAAUGGCUAUCAUUUUGAGAUUUGUUGAUAAAGAUGGUUUUGUUCGAGAACGCUUUUUCCAUGUUGUGCAUGUCAAAGAUACCAUGUCAUCAACUCUUAAAAAUGAGGUAUGUGCAGUUCUUUCCCGUUAUGAUCUUCAUGUUGAAAAUAUUAGGGGGCAAGGUUAUGAUGGUGCUAGUAAUAUGCGUGGUGAGUGGAAUGGCUUACAAUCUCUAUUUCUCAAAGAAUGUCCUUAUGCAUAUUAUGUUCAUUGCAUGGCUCAUAGAUUGCAAUUGGUAUUGGUUACGGCAUCUAGAGAGGUUAAGCAUGUUCAUCAAUUCUUUGAGAGUUUGACAUCUAUUAUAAAUGUUGUUGGUAGUUCUUCUAAGAGGCAUGAUGAGCUUCAAGAUGCACAAGCAUUGCACAUUCAAAAUCAGAUUUCUAAUAAUGAAAUUGAGACUAAAAAAGGAGGAAAUCAAAUUGGUACAUUGCAAAGAGCUGGAGAUACUCGAUGGGGUUCUCAUUAUCAGUCAAUAUAUAGUCUGUUAAGAAUAUAUGCACCAAUAUGCUCUGUUCUCAAUAAUAGUUCUGAAAGAGGAGCAAAUUACGCUCAAAGGGGCGAUGCAGAGGCAGCUUUCUUAACAUUGACUUCAUUUGAUUUUGUUUUCAUAUUGCACUUGAUGAAGCAAAUUAUGGAAAUAACAAAUCUUUUAUGCAAAGCUUUACAACAACAAUCUCAAGAUAUUGUAAAUGCUAUGCAUAUUGUUUCAACUACAAAAUCACUACUUCAAAAGUUAAGAGAGGAUGGGUGGGAGCCACUAUUUGAGAGUGUCAGUCACAUCAUUUUGUACUAG